AUAUCCUCGUCAUAAUCCCUACGGAAUCAUCAGUUGAAGAUAUUAAUCUUUUUGCACGUCUCCGGAAAGCCUCUACGCCUUCACCUUAUCCUUUCCCCACCAGCACUUCUAACCACCGUGCUUACUUUCUGAAAGAAUCCCCACACGUUUCAAAAUGGCUUCUGCGGUUAAGGAGGUAGUUUCCAACAUCGUCGAUAAAAUAUAUGGCCAUUCGGAAUACAGCUUUCGCCAACUGUCACCGGAGGAGUUCGAGCAGCUAAAGCAGAAGUACACCAGCGCGGGCCAAGGUCAGGUAUUCGCUUUCUUAGAUGAGUUACUGCCCGCUGAAAAGGCUCGACUUUACGACCAACUAUCAAAAUUUGAUCCUUCUCGCAUCAACGAGCUCGCCGAAAAGGCCCUAAACUCCCCAGCGGCCCAAAACGAACCUGUCUCCCUCGAGCCACUUCCGGAGGUGGCCACGGCUUCGAUCCUCGACUCAGAUCCCAAGGACAUCCAGCGAUGGUAUGAUGAGGGUCUCAAACAGGUCGCGGAGAACAAGGUGGCGGUGGUCUUGAUGGCUGGUGGACAAGGCACACGUCUGGGUAGUUCCGCGCCCAAGGGCUGCUUCGAUAUCGGGCUUCCUAGUCACAAGUCGCUUUUCCAGAUCCAGGCGGAGAGGAUUGCGAAGCUUCAAAUCCUGGCUCAAAAGGCCACCGGGAAGGCGAAUGUGGUUAUCCCUUGGUAUGUCAUGACCAGCGGACCUACUCGAAAGCCUACGGAGGAGUUCUUCCAACAAUACCAAUACUUCGGGUUGAGCAAGGACAACGUGAUUAUUUUUGAACAGGGCGUCUUGCCUUGUAUCUCCAAUGACGGCAAGAUAAUGAUGGAGAGCAAGUCCAAGGUUGCUGUUGCGCCUGAUGGCAACGGUGGUAUUUACCAGGCUAUUGUGACGUCUGGUGUGCGCGAGGAUAUGCGGCGACGUGGGAUCCAGCACAUCCAUACCUACUGCGUUGACAAUUGUCUCGUCAGGGUCGCAGAUCCCGUCUUUAUUGGCUUUUCUGCUUCUAAGGAUGUAGACAUCGCCACUAAAGUGGUACGGAAGCGUAAUGCUACCGAGUCGGUGGGCUUGAUCUUACAGAAGAACGGCAAGCCAGAUGUCGUCGAGUACUCUGAGAUUGACAAGGAAACAGCCGAGGCCAAGGAUCCUAAGCAGCCUAGUGUGUUGAAAUUCCGUGCGGCAAAUAUUGUCAACCACUACUACUCGUUCCGUUUCUUCGAAUCCAUCCAGGACUGGGCUCACAAACUGCCCCAUCACGUCGCGAGAAAGAAGAUUCCUUGCAUCAAGCCGGAGACCGGCGAGGCAUUCAAACCGGAGAAACCAAAUGGUAUCAAGCUGGAGCAGUUUGUCUUUGAUGUCUUCCCAUUCAUUCCUCUGGAGAAAUUCGCCUGCAUCGAGGUUCGACGUGAGGAUGAGUUUUCUCCCCUGAAAAACGCACGCGGUACUGGGGAAGAUGAUCCUGAUACCAGCAAAUUGGAUAUCAUGAAGCAAGGACAGCGUUGGGUUGAAAGUGCUGGCGGGGUUGUUGUUACUGAGGAUGGCGCUGUCGGUGUGGAGGUGUCUCCGUUGAUUAGCUACGGAGGUGAAGGACUUCAAUUCCUUAAGGGUCGCGAGAUCAAAGCACCUGCUGUCAUUGAGAAGGAGGAGUGAGAGCGCCCGGAUACGGAAAAAAAAGAAAACGAUAAGACAAAAGGCCUUAACCGACCCCUACGGUAACCUUCGGGGUCGCGCGUAUUGCGCGACCCUGACAACCACCCGAGCACCCCAGCCACCCGAGCACCGAUUUUAGAACUUCGUAGAAUUCCAACCCAUCAACUUUAUCAUAUAAUUCAACCACCACCACCAUGCCCAAAUUCAAUAAAAAUUAUGAAGAUCGAAUGCUCAAAGCUAUUGACGCGUUAAGCACACAAAAUCCCCCAAAUAUCGCCAAAACUGCACGUGAAUAUGGAGUUAAACGGCAAACCCUCUCCGCAAGGUGGAAGGGACGGUCCAAUCUAUGUGAACGACCACCAACCAACACCAGAUUAUCAGAAGAGCAAGAAAAGGCUCUGUGUCACUAUGUUGAUACUCUAGAGCAAUUAAAUAUAAAGCCACUUGCACAAAUGAUCCAAUCAAGUGCCAAUUCUAUUCUGAGAUCAACCCAUACCAGCCUAGACACCCCUCCACCUACUGUCAGCGAGAAAUGGUUAAACUGAUGGCUAGGAAGGCAUCCUGAAUAUAAAAGACGUCGCUCUAGAGCUAUAGAGCUUGACCACAAGCGUGCAGAGGAUCAUGAGGUUAUUCAGGAGUGGUUUCAGAAGCUCCAUCAGACCAUCCAGAACCAUGGGAUAUUAAAGGAGGAUAUCUACAAUUUUGAUGAGACUGGCUUCAAUAUCAGUGUUGGUUGUGAUCAAUGGAUUAUUACCAGGGACUUCAAUAUUAAUAAGCCUCAUAUUGG